AUGUUGGAACUAACAACUAGAAUGUGGACGAAUUUCGCUAAAUACGGGGAUCCGAAUGGAGUAGCCGAAGACCCGAGCUCAUCUCUAAGCCCAUUAUGUAAUGAGCCAUUCACAUGGGAACCAGCGACGCUCGACAAUCCACAAAAACACCUUUCAAUUUCUCUCCAACCAGAAAUGAAAUCCGAAUACAAGAAUGGCAGGCCUCUAUUCAUCACUCAGAUGCGGCGGUCCCAUCCCUCGGAGUCUACCAAAAUGUGA